AGGGGCGUGUUAACUUUAAGAGCACACAUGGCCAAGGUGCGAGCGAAGCACGGCAGUUGUUCUGUUGAUGGCUGCGUGAACGAGCACAAAAGUCUUUUUUCACUCCCUUCAUCUGAGCCCCUGAAGACGCAGUGGAUGGAUUUUAUUUUUGCUGGUAAUAUACCAAGAAAGUUUCCCAAAGUUUUGCACGUGUGCAGUCAGCAUUUUAAAGAGGACUGCUUCCACAACUUAGGUGCAUACCAAGCCGGCUUCGCCCAACACCUGAAGUUAAAGGCUGGAUCGGCACCGACUGUCCGGGACACAACUCUAACGGAAUGUCGAGUAAAUGCCAACUGUCAAGUGUCACCUCUGGUAAGACACGUAGCCUCCCAGACAGAUCCCCCAGACUUUGAUUUCCCAAAGACAAGAUCAGUCAGCACACAGCUGUCCAUGAAAACGCUGCAAAAUCACAUCCGAAGUACAGCUACGCAGGUUAAAGUGACCAGCAGAGAUUGCAGCGUUUGCACAGUCACCCUGCCCUUGAACAGUCCCAUGCUCUUCCUACAGCCGACGCUGGUAAAGAAGCCCACCAAGAGACCCCGACUCAGCCUUACAGACGGAGAAGAGGGACCUUCAAGAUACAGCAUGUCUACAGUGGUUUACAAAUCAGAGGACUCAACAUAAACCUGAAAAUUGCUGUGAUUUAACUUUUUUCUUUCUUUUACCUUGAAAUGAAUGUCUUCUUGGAGAAGAACUGGUGAAUAAAGAGGCCAGAAAUGA